AUGGUUAGUGCCAAGAGACUUUCAAAGAUGGCAAAGAAGUGGCAGAAAAUAGCGGCCAUCCAGAGGAAGAGGCUCACCCGGACCACGACAGUGGCGAAAGGAGCAGCCAAUGACGAGUACUGCGCCACAUCGCCAUCAGUGGCAAUGAAGGACCACUGUGUUGUGUACACCGCUGACAGGGUGUGGUUCGAGGUGCCACUAGAGUACCUCAGCACAGCGGUCUUCGGUGAGCUCCUGAGGAUGUCUCAGGAGGAGUUUGGAUUCGCGGGUGGAGAUGACGGUCGCAUCACGCUGCCCUGCGACACUGCAGUCAUGGAAUACGCCAUGUGUUUUCUCAGGAGAGAUGCCUCCACGGAAGUAGUGAUGGCGUUCCUGAGCUCCAUUGCAAGAUCGUGCUGCUUUGAUGGUGGUGUGAUGGUGCCAUGCCGAUAA